AUGUGUUGGACAUUACAAGAAGAACCCCCAUCUUCUUUUCUUGACAGCCCAAGAAGCUUAGCCGUCAAUGGAAAUGGCGCUCCUCGUAUCUCUCAGUCUCAGAACCUGACCAGCUCGAAGCUUCUGUACGAAAUCAAGGUUCAUGGAUUCUUGUUGUGGGCUUCAAUGGGGCUGCUGACGCCGAUCGGAGUACUCUCUAUCAGAAUGUCAAACAAAGACCAAUGCCGAAGAAGACUGUUCUAUCUUCUUCAUGUCGCUUCCCAGGUGGCCGCGGUGGCACUGGCGACCGUAGGAGCGAUCAUGUCGAUAAGGAACUUCAACAACUCCUUCGGCAAUUUCCAUCAGAGGCUCGGGCUUGGAUUAUAUUUUGUCGUCUGGUUUCAAGCUCUUCUUGGUUUCUUUCGACCCCCAAGGGGAGGCAAAGCAAGAACACCAUGGAUUGUGGCACAUUGGCUCGUAGGAACACUGGUGGGUAUUUUGGGAGUAAUAAACGUAUACACCGGCCUAAAUGCCUACACUACAAAAACAUCAAGAAGUGCAAAGAUUUGGACAAUCCUCUUCACCAUCCAAACCUCUUUCAUUGUCUUCUUCUACUUGUUUCAAGAGAAGCUGUCUAAUUAUUAUCAUUAUAUCCGAAACCGAGAAAUAUCGUCUCUUCCAAACAAACCAGUGAUCCUCUCCGAUCGAAACGCACCCGGAGACGAGUUCAGGGCGCCGCCGGAGAAAUGCUAAGAGAAAAGUGAUCAGAUCGGUUUCUUCUUGUGUAGAGAAAAGGGUAUGAACUGAAUUGAUAAUUAAGUUGAUCAUAUAUAUAUAUAUGGACUGACUUCUGAUA